AAGAGUAUACUCGGCUAGUUAAAAAGUACGUAGCUGGCGGAAGGAAGCAUUUCCUGCACUCAGAAAAAUUGUGCUCAGCGUACUUAGUGAAGAAGAUGGUUUAUGGUUUCGAGAAGAAAACGAUCUCAACGUUAAUAUUUUCUGGUGGAAAAGGUAUCGAGUGUAAGAUUGUGGAAGAGGGCUGUCUGAAAAAAAAAAAAGGUAGACAAAUGAGAGCAAAGCCAUUUGCAAUCUGAGAAUGGUUCUAUCUCGAUUUCUCAAAUCGAGAUCAAUGAUAACGGGGUUUUCUCUGAGUGCAUCGAAUAAAGUAACUAUACAUUUUCUUGAGCAGGAUAACCAGCCUAGUUUUUUUCAGAACAUUGCCACGCCCAGUCUGACCCCCACAAACCGACAGAAACUGUCACGCCUACAUUUUAAAUAUUAUUUUUUAUUUUUUUUUUCCCCUUUUUUUUAUUUGUUUUACCAAUUUUUAUAGAUAUGACAAAAGCAUUUUGUCCACUGGUAUCGACAACAAACUGCAAAAAGCUGUUAUGCCCACAAUUUUUAAUUAAUUUUUUCCCAAAUUUGUAAUGGGUAUCUGAUAGUCGAAGAACUCCAUCAAAGCGUGCUCUUUCGAUUUGGUAAACAUAUAUUGUAUACUUAUAAAAUUCUCAUAUCAACUUUUUUAAGUUUGCGAAAAUGUCACUAUUUAUUCACAGUCAUAUGGAAAGUUUAGGCAUGCAUACUCAACCCAUAUUUUAAGACACGAAAAUAUGUUAAAUAAUUGUUUAUGGCUUCCUUUAAAAAGUUCUAAAAGUAGCUGACUUUACAUUCAAGAAAAACUAGGAAUGCAGGUAUAUUGCGCUACGAGUAAAUCAGAACCUUAUGGUUAUAGUAAAUCAGAACCUUAUGGUUCCAUUCUCACUAACAAGAGAGGGAAAUGUUUGUUUGUAUUAAUAGCUGGGAUGAAUAAUGUUAAUAUAUCGUGCAAAUUUCAGCUAUUUUCAAAACAAACUUUUUAAUUCUCUUGUUUGCGUUUUGCUUACGAUUUCUUUGAAUCACAAAACAAAAACUGAUUGGGCAUAUUCGGUAUUGGUUUGUUUUCUGCGAGAAAUUUUAUUUAGAAAGCUGAAACAUCUUACAAGUUUAAACGAUAUAUUUUGUAAAUGACAAAAUAGCGCCAUCUUCGAGUAUAAUUUUUUUUCCAGUGCAGCCAUAACUAUAUUUGCCAUAAGACUGAGGCGUAUAAAUUAGAUUUAAACUGGAGUUGUCAGGCUAUUCUGGCGUUGGCCAGUUCGCGGACAGAACACCUAAAAUGGCGCAGUUUAAGUUUCUUAGACCCCUGGUGACAGUAUUGGUUAAUCGUUCUGGAAUCGGAAAAGCCAGUGUUUGGCACGCGGUGAUCGUUACGUUUAUGCACUACUUCUCCUGGGGUCUUCUCACCGUGCCCUUCAUCGAGAAACUGUCGGGAUCGUUUGGGAAUCGCGUCCUUCUCGUGGAUGGACUGGUUUACGGAGUGAGAGGAAUCCUGGGAUUUGUGACCACGCCUGUGAUGGGCGCCAUUUCCGAUUUCCGUGGCCGAAAAGUGGUGAUGCUACUGGCUGUGGCCACCACCUACGCUCCAAUUCCAUUCAUGAUGUUGAAGAGUUGGUGGUUCUUCGCCAUUCUCACUGUGAGCUCCAUCUGUGGGAGCACUUACUCCUCUUCAUUGGCCUAUGUGGCAGACACAACUAGUGUUGAGAAUCGUUCGAAAGGAUAUGGCUUUGUGGCGGCCAGUUUUGGGGCUGGAAUAGCCUUUUCGCCAUCGUUGGGGAAUUAUUUGAUGAAAUCGUAUGGGUCUGCAUCCGUUAUUUUGAUAGCCACCAUCACUGGCAUGAUGAAUAUCUUGUUUAUCAUAUUUGCGGUGCCAGAGAGCUUAGUUUUAAAAGAAAAAAAGAAAAUGGUGGAUAAAAAGACUGAUAACAAGAUGGAGGACAUAAACCCAAAGGAAAGGAAAGAGAUCCUAAAUAGAGAGGAAAAGUUGAAUAACCUUGUUUUAGCGAACAAAUCCAACCACGGCACAUCACAAAAUCUAGUCACAAAUAAAGAGCGGAGCCAAAAGUUCAACAAAGAAGACGAAAACCUACAAAAUGAUUUAACUGAAAAGGAGAAAAAUGAUAAUGGAUCCCCAAACACUUCCGAUCUUUGGAAAGUGCUGCGUAAAAGUCGUAAGGAUAAGAACCUACUCGUGAUAUACCUCAUAACAUUCCUGUCGAUUUGGCCCUUUGCAGGAGUGGAUUCUACUGCACCCGUAUAUCUCAAGACUAAUAUGGGAUUUGAGUACGAGGAGGUGUCCAUGAUGUUGGGAUUACUGUCUGUACUGGCGAUAACAUCGAAUCUCCUCUUCGGUUAUAUUAUGAACAUAGUAGGGGUGAAGUGGUCGAUCCGUCUGGGACUUUUUCUAUUGUUCCUGCAAAUGCUUUUCUUCGGCUUUGGAACCCAUCAUUGGAUGUACUGGUUAAGCAGUAUCUUGGCCGCACUGGCAACAAUUAUACCCGCUGCCAAUAAUGCGGUGGCUUCCAUCUACGCCAGUCCCGAGAAUCGGGGUGCUGUCCUGGGCAUUAUCUCUGGCAUCGAGUGCUUGAGCGAGGGUUUGGGACCUGCCUUUUUCGGAGUACUCUUCUUCAUUUUCCAGGAUGAUGCGGAUACUGAUCUUAAAGUCAAUUCUCCAAUUCCAAUGCCCUUCGUCAUAAGUGCCAUUAGUGUAUUUGUGGCCAUCGUCUUGACAGGUUUUAUUAAAAAGGAGACUGUCGAAAAGGAACCAUUGAUCUAUAAGAUCAUAGACGACGCUACCGAGGAUGAGCUAGAACCGCUUGCGAAAACCACAUUUAAAUAUGAAAAGAAUAAUGGCUAUGUAAAACUAGAGAUAGAUGACAACUAUGAUAUGGAACGUAAAGAACGUAGCUUUAAAUAAUUGUUAUUUAAUUAAACGUUAUAUAAGUUUUUCAUAAAA